GAGCGGCUGGGUCUAUUCUUAGAUGAGCCGGAGAAUGUCGAAGAGGCCGAAGCCGCAGUGGCCAAAGCUCGCAAAGUGGAGCAGAAUGCUGUGAAGAAGGCUCGUGAGCUUGAGCGGCUCGCUGCUGUCGCAGAGCUACAUGUGGUGGUGACGAAGGAGGCGAAGGGCAGUGAGCCAGCCGUGUCGACUCGAGGGCUGCCCGAGGAGACCAGGAGGGAGCAGUCGGAAGCAGCCACAACGGCAGCAGAAAGCACCACGGCAGCCGAGCACAGCAUGUCUGAAAGCCUGGAGACCACAGAAAAGCCGCUCUUCGGCAGCAAGGAUAAAGUGCAGGACGACCCCUUCGAUAACGAUAAGAGCACCGGCAGAUCAGAGGAAGACGACCUUUGGAGUAGCACUCACGCGCAGGAAGAGCAGCAUUCGGGUGGGAGCCCCGCAGCACCAGAAGCAGACGCGGCGACUGCUACGACCACAGCCCCGGAGUUCAAAGAGAACACAAACAGCGAUGGUGGCGACGACACGGUCACCAAGUCAGGAGCACCUGCUACAGAGCCUGAAGGUCCAGAAGAAAUCUUUUUCGAGAAGGCUCCGGGUGUCAGCACCGAAGCGCCAGAAGCAGACUUGGCAACCACCAAAACCCCGGAGCCCAGUACCACCAGAGAAGCGAAUCCUGCCGAAAGCGCGGUCCCUGUCAGCACAUCGGAAGAAUAUGCCUUGGAGCCUGAAGGUCCAGGUCCAGGCAUCUCCCCACAGCCCAACCCGACACCAAAGGCAGCGUUGAAGGAAGAGACAGACAGCAAAGGCGCAGCGACGGACACGGACGCGAUCACCGAAGAGACGACAACGACAGCAACAGGCACAGACCCAAGUGAUGCAGAGAUGCCAUCCGACGCCUCGCUGCAGAAGCCGGAAGCUCCAGAAUCCACAACAUCAACACAGGUUGCUCAAAAGGAGUCUGAGAAUCACCAGCAGGCAACUACACGAAGAACGGUGCCAGAGCAGGAAACAACCACUACAGCAGAAGCCAUUCCUUCUUUGAGCCAGACCCCUCACGAAGACGAUGCCGAGGCAUUCUUCACCAGCAUUGAUCUGAUCAUGGCCAUGAGACCAGCUGAGCAGGCGACCGGGGUCGGGGUGUGGAGUUAG